AUGUCUUGGUUGAUUCGCGACCGUUUGCGCUCUAACUUUUAUCGAAAUCACUUUCUUCCCCUGAGGCUCUUACUCCGAAACUCAGGGGACUUCUCUGCGUCGGAGAGAAGUGGGGUCGCCGCGUUCUUCUUAAACAAAUGGGACGAAGAAAUUAUCCCUUCUUACAAACCUGAAUCUUUUUAUCCCGCAAGAUCUAGAGAGUUAGUGAACGAAACUUUUUAUUUAAUAUCAAAGUUGGGAUUUGGAACAACAUCCACCGUAUGGCUCGCGCGUGACGUUCGUCGGUGGUGGUGGCAAGAUAAAUAUGUGGUCUUAAAAAUAUCAGUCAACGAUCUACCCGUAAAAUCUACGGACUAUGAAGUAACCGUUACAGCCCGCAUCGCCAGCGAGGAUCCUUUGCACCCGGGUCGGCAAUUUCUACGCACGCCUAUUGAUAGUUUUAGACUUCGUGGUCCGAAAGGUACACACCUUGUGCAAGUUUACGAGCCCAUGAGAGAGCCUUUGUGUGUCUUACAAGAUAGAGUGCAAGGACGUAAGUUCUCGCCCGACCUUGUCAAGACAAUCCUUGGAUUCGUACUCAGUGGGUUGGACUACCUCCAUAACCAAUGCCAUAUUAUUCAUGGAGAUCUGACUACCGAGAAUAUUUUAAUACCUAUUGAAUCCCCCCGAAUUCUGAGGCGUUUCGUGUAUGAAGGACUCUCUCUUACGCCUCAAGCCUAUCGAAUUGAUGGCCGAGCUAUUUGCCUUUCCCGCCAAGACAUGGGUGAACUCGACCCUCAGGCACCGAUGGGACCUCCCAAGAUUAUUGAUUUUGGUGCCUCAACAUUUCUGGGCGGAGAACAUACCACUCAGCAUAUCAAUAACCAGCUGAUCCGAUAUAAGGCGCCAGAGUUACUACUUGGCACCCCCUUUGGAUAUGGUAUAGAUGUAUGGAAUCUAGGUCUCAUGACAUGGGAGCUUUUGCAAGGCGAUGGGCUACUUGAAGUUCGCGAUCUGAUGGAAUGGGUGAACACAGAAGAGAUGCAGCUAGCUGAGAUUAUUGGGCUCCUCGGACCUCCUCCAGAAGCACUCAGAUCGCAAGGCUCAAAAUCCUACCUAUAUUUUGAUUCAAAGGGACACUUCAAAUUUCCACACUUAAUUCCCCAACCAAAAAAGCUCAAGAAGAGAGUAGACUCCCUAGCCAAAAAGGACAGACCCCUUUUUCUCGACUUCCUGAGGGGUAUGCUGACUUGGGAUCCAUUAAAGCGGAAGUCGGUUCGGGAGUUGCUGGCGCAUCCGUGGCUGAGGCAGGAGUCGCCGCAGUAA